AUGCCCCGAACAAUUGAUACUACAUUGGACCGGCGAAGGAGCAGUAACCAUUUUCACAUCACUCAUUUCUUACUACCUGGUCUACGUAAAAUAGCCCCCUUUCAGUUUCUGUUGGUAGCUGUCUGCAUCUCUAUCAAUGUCCCAGCCGGUGUUUUUGUUCCUUCUUUUGUUAUCGGCGCUGCUGGUGGAAGACUUGUUGGCGAGAUUAUGGUGUUUCUCUUUCCGGAAGGAAUGCGAGGACCAGGAGGCCCACCAAUAUACCCUGGGCUUUAUGCAGUUGUGGGAGCCGCGGCGUAUACUGGAGCUGUCACUCACACCUUAUCUGUAGCAGUGAUUAUUUGCGAACUUACAGGACAACUUGCUCCAAUCCUUCCAAUUGCUAUGUUGAUGGGCAAUGCCAUCUGCAAAUUUCUGCAACCAUCCAUUUAUGAGAGUAUCAUACGCAUUAAGAAAUAUCCCUACCUACCUGACUUACCACCAUCUAGAAUUAGGUAAGC